GCUUCCCCCGUAACGCUCUAAAGAAAAUCGCCGGAAAAUUCCAGUGAAAAUUUACAUUAUCAUUCAUAUUUAACAAUAAAUUAAUUAUUUAUUUACGGUGGUUUUAUAAACGACGUCAUCGGCAAUUAGUUAAAGUGUUUUAUUACAACUGUCCGGAAAAUAUUCCGGAAACUCUAACAAAUUUCGCCGGUGGUUGGCAGUUUUUGCGUCGUUAGUAAUAAUAGUAAUGUACGAAUAAAUCAGUGGGAGACUUAUUUUUGUCUUAGUGAUUCAUAGAUUGUAUUUUGUUCAGUGGCACCUUGUCGAUUGUAGCGAGGAAACUAAGUGAGGAAAUCGGAAAAAUCGUAGAAAUGGCUUCGAAAGUUAUGGUGAAGAUACCUGUCGCUCCUUUCGGCAAGGUAAAUAAAAAGUCGGGAAAUGUUAAUAGCGAUAUAGUUGUAACUCGAACUGAAAUUCCAACACGACCUGCCGACGGAUCCAGAGGUCCUGAACAGGCCAGGAUAGCUCAAUUAGAACAAAAUAUUAAAUUUCUACAAGAACAACAUCAGCUCAUGCUUACAGGUCUACACAACGAAAUUGAAAAUUUGAAGACUAGAAACAGAGAAUUACAAUUCCAGUUAGUAUUUGUGAAAGGAACUGGUUUUUCAUCACCUAGCUCACCCUCAUCACCCGAAGAUGAUACUAAACAUAAGGUAUAUGCAAGUCCAAAACCAUUUAACACAACUCCGUUGCAAGUAGAGAUUUUGGAAAAAGAGCUAACAGAAUUAAAAUUACAAACGCAAGAAACCGAAAGCAGAAAUGCAUAUUUGUCGGCUAUAGUGGAUGAACAAAAAAAAAAAUUAGAACGUUACGAACGAGACAGAGAAAAAGAACGCGAACGAGCUGGUCAACCGGACCCUGAACUUCUUCGAAAAUUGGACGACGCUGAAGCGAUCAUUCGACGACUGCGCAGAGAAAAUUCUGAUCUAAGAAGAGAACAUGCUGAACAUUGCUCCCAGCAGCGUGAUGGCUCUUAUCCGCAACAAAGAAGUGCAGAAAAUGGAUACACUUCUCCCAGAAAUGGCCAUGGGCAGCAUUCAGGGAGGGGUAAUGGAGGACGGCAGAGGGGAAAUAGUGGACACUACAGAGGAAAUUGGUUUCCUCCCUUGCAUUCUCAGAGUUAUUGGCAAAGUGGCAGGAAUCACGAUAGAUCAAUGUCUGGAGAACAGAGCGGAGGACUUCCUAGCCUCCAAGGUAAUGAAGGUCAUUAUCAAAGCAGAAGAGGCUCCAAUAACAACCAUUACAAUAAUGGGGAAAAUCGGAAAUACAGGGGUGGGCAGAAAAAUGGAAAACAGACGUAAUUAGAGUACUAUUAGAUAUCUAAUAGAUGCUUUUAAAGGCUGUCAUAUUUUUUAAUAUUUUAAAAAUAAAUGUUGAUUAGAAAACUUUUCCCAGAUGUGAAAAGUUACGGUAAUAGUAAAGAUGAGUAAAUAAAUGCAUUUACAUCCGUUUUAUAAGAAUCUGGAGUUUUAAUUAAUGAUUUUAAACUAAAACUAAACUGGUUUUCUUAUUAAUGAACUAACUUAUGUACAAAAGCCCAGUAAAAAUAGACCAAUAAUAUUAUUUAUAUCAUAUCAUGCAAUAAAGGAAACCUGGAAAAAAUGUUACAUAUAUAAUAAAUACUUUUUUAUAUUUAUAUACGACCUAUAUCAUACAUAAGUUAAAAUAGUCAUAAUUUAUUUUUGUCUUCAAAUCAUCUUAUAAGUGUUUAAAAAUUUGCCAUGAACAACUUUACUUUUUUCAUCUGGGAAGUAAAGUAUAGAUCAAAUAAACUUUUCAAUAUCAGAUCCAAAAUUAUUGCGUAUUACCAGAAAAAUCAUAAUGUUUAUAAUAUGUAUCAUAUGAAAAUAAAUGUUUAUAAAUAUUUUUAAAGGUAUAAUUUUUAUGACACUUAGUUUGAAAAUCAAUGACUUGGUUUUUUGAUCAUAUUGUGGUUUUAUUUGCUCUGAAUUUUUUAUCUUGAGUUCUCCUAGCGAAAACAUGUGUUAAAUAUGAGCAACCCUGUGAUUUUUGUAUUACUUUUGUCUGAUUUUAUUCUCUGAGAUUGAAACAGUAUAUUUUGUAUAAAGAAA